CCAGAAGAAAAGCACAUAUAAAAGAAAGAUGAGUAAAAUUUUGAGCAUGGCAUGGAUAAUGAUGAUGAUAUUAACAUUGAUUGUUAUCGAAGGUGAAGCAAAAUCGGAGUCGGAAUGCAAUGUGAUUUGCCGUCCUCAUUGCAAAGCUUUUGGUUCAGCAGGAGAGUGUUCCGACUGUCAUAAAAAGUGUAAUCAAUCUCCACCAUCUCUAAUGACAAAGAUUCUAAAGAAUCAACACAACAGCAAACAAGAUGACUUAAUUAAAUAAUCUAUAACAAAUACGAUAAAUGUAUUGAUGGACACUUAUCCCAGAUUUCUUGUAUUGAUUAUGUAUUAUCUAUUUAAUAAUAAGAUAUUAUUUAAAUAUUUAA